AUGGCACCAGUGUUAGUCAGUGGUCAAUCAAAGGCACGGGCUCCAAGAGAGAAGUCUGGCUUCCUGUGGGAAUUGAAAGGAGCACUUGAUGAAUGGUCACUGGGUACUGUAAGGUGUCUUGGUGGGUAA